GUCUAUUUUAAUGCGUUUGCGUUCUUCAAAGUGCAGUUCGAGGCUAGUUAUUAUUAUUAAUUAGUGUUCCAGCUAGUUAAUUAGCAUUUUUAGGCCUAAUUUAUCACACAGUUGACUCUGAGCUGUUUAUAGGGGUAAUCUACAAAUAGCCUCAAAAUUCGUCAAAUAUGGUUAAGACGCCAUAUUGUGACGUCAUUCCUAUUCAGGUUUUAUGGAUCCACUCUGUAUGCUUUUCAUACUUAGUUUAUCAAUGAAAUACAAUAAAAGCACUUACAGUCGAUUCAUUACCAAUGGCCAUUUAGAUAAAAUUAUUACAAACUUUCAGGCAUAUAUAGGGUUUGCUAAAAAGUGAUGUGUAUACCUAAUUGCCUGAGAAACUCCACUGUCUUCAUAAUUAGGUUGGUACUAACUUAAAUGUUGAUUUAUUGCAACAAAUAGCAUACAUUUCUCAACCACUCCAAGUAGCUGAUGGUAUUUCAGAAUAAUAAAAAGCUACCGAAGAGAAAUGCAUGUUUAACAAGCACAAAAUUCGAAAUUGUUCUCUAAGCUAGGGACAAAAUGGAGUGCUGUAUUUUAAUGUUGGCUAUCCGUUAGUAACUUUCCACCAUUAUGUUGGCUUGGUAUUAAACGACAAGUUUUUGUAUAUUUUGUCAUGUAAAAGUAGUUUAAAAAAUCUGAUUGUUAUAUUGUUGAUAUCAAUUUAUUUGUGGUUAAUCAGUGAGUGCUAUUAGUUGCUUAGACGUCUAGAAGUAAAUCCAGGAACCAAUGGGACAACUGGAAGAUUAACCAAACACCAAAAAAGCCGGGAUUUUCAACGAGAAAGAACAUUUUACUCACAUUGCCAUUAUAUUUUUCUAAGUAUCAUUUCUGGACGUUAGCAUAGUGCUCACACUUUUGUUUAUGUUUUUGCAUUGUGGAUACGCUAAAGGUCAACACAUGCAGGUGUGUUUAACAAAAUAUUUUGUGAUUCUAUAAUUCUCCUAAGUACAACACUGGCAUCAUGGAUGUUGAUGGUUUAGAUCUUCAAAAGCCUGCUUCGGAUUCAUCCUUACUUAACGAUACAACGGAAAAUAGUUCAGUAACAAAAAAUGCAGCAAGUUUGAGUGAUAGUAAAGAAUUCGAGUCAAUAUCAAAUGAAAUUCACUCUUCAGAUAGUCCUGAAAUUCUUCAAAAUGAGGCACGAGGGCCCCCAAAUGGUGAGCCGGAGACAUUUAGUAGUAUGGAAGUAGAUAAUGGACCAACUGAAAGUCAAAUUCAUAAAGACAACAUGCCGCCACAUUUGGAGUCUAACGAAAAUAUUGCAGAAAAUUGUGAACGUGAUACUGAAAUAAUGGAAUCUGAAAAUGUAGAAACCACAAGCAGUAUAGACCCUAUUGAAUCUAAUCCAAUUGAUUGUGCCAGUAAAAGUACCAGUGAAAUUGAGUCUCAAGACCCCCCGGAUGUAAAUAGUGAUCCGAUAUCAACUCUCAGUACAUUUCCUUCAGAUGAGCCAAGUGAUGAAAAAGUUUCCCCUUGUGAAGAUUUAAAUUCAGAACCAAAAAUGCUUCCGACAGAAAGUGUUAUUGUUUUUGAUAGUACUAGUGAUAGAGACAGUAUAUGUCCUGAUAUUGGUAAACUGACUAGUGCUGAUGAGGACUUUUCAUUAGUAAACGAGUUACCAGUGCAUAAAAGUAGUGACACUCAAUGUGAUUCUCCCCUAGCAGACACCUUAAAUAUUCCUGAGCAUUAUGAAAAUGUAGAAAAGGACCUAGAUCAGGACCAGGAACAAGACUCCACACUGAACGAUGUGGAAAUGGACCCAAUCAAAAUAAUUUCCGAAGAUGAUAUGGAUAUUUCGUGUCGAGAUAAUGUGCCGGCCACAGAUUCACCUGAGCAGUCCAAUGAUCCGGAAAAUGUUCUUAACGAUCCCGAAUUACAUUCAAUCAGUGUUGCAGACAUUCAAGGCCCAACAGAACAAAGUUCAGAAGAAACCACCAAUUUACUAACUGAUGAAGACAGUCAAUCUUCACCAACAGCUAGUAUUGACACUAUUAAAGGUAGUGUUGAAGAGAAUCCACUGAUGGAAAAAGACAGAAUAGAAUUUGCGGAAGUUAAUUUUGAUGCCAAUGACAAUGAAAAAGAAAUGGACAAAGCUACAAGUAAUAGCAGAGAUUCAGACAUUGAUGCCAUCAAUACUGAGACAGAUGUACUCGAUUCAAUUGACAACAGUCAGGGAUCAGAUGAAGCAAUCACCAUCAUUCCUGACAGUGAAAGAGAGAUUACAGAGGCGGAAAAGGAAGCCGCAUCUUCUCUGCCAACUCUCAAGGAUAUAUCAGAUCAAACAUCAAGUACCCCAGAGGAAGAAACUGAUGAGCCAGAAACGUCUUCAGAAGAUGAGAUUAAAAUAUACAGACAUGAAAAAGAUAGCGAACAGUUUUGUUGCGAGUGCAAAGAGACCAAAACUGCAAAAUACCAUUUCUCUGGUACGGAUUCUGAAAUUUCAUACAUAUGUACCGAGACUUGCUUAACGCAAUUUAAAAAUACUGCCACAAAGAAAGUAACGAUGAUUGUUGAUGAAGCUCAAGGAUUGAGAGUGAAAAAUUUUAUGGAGGGCCCAAAUAAAGAACCACCAUCUUUAUCAUUCAUUCGAAAGUGCGCUUCUUGUAGCAAGGUUACUGAUGAUAUCGAAAGUAACUUAACUUGGGAAAUAAUGGAUUUCUGUAAUGAAUUCUGUUUAUCCAAGUAUCAAAAGAUGAUCGGAUCCAAAUGUGCCAGUUGUGCGGGCGAUGUGAAGUCGACGUCUCUAGGAAAAUAUUGUGUUCGGUUUGGAAAUGAUAUUAGGCAGUUUUGUACUAGUACUUGUCUUGAGCAGUAUAAGCAAGGACUUAAAGUAUGUUCCUAUUGUCAGCAAGAUAUGUCAAAUGGACCAGACGGGUUUUUGGCUCCUGUAGGCGAAAAGGGACAAUUUAAGGACUUUUGUUCGAAAGUGUGUAUGGACAAAUACGACAUUAUGACCAAUGAUAGGCCCCCAAAUGUAGAAUCAGGAACUAUCUGCUCUGUAUGUAAAGAAGAGAAAGUAAUUUCAAUCGAAUUUGAACAUAAUAACAAUUUGAAUUACUUUUGUGGAGAACCCUGCUUUGUAGCAUUUUCUUUUGUCAACAAAAUAUCACCUGCAAAGUGUGCCAUGUGUCGCAGACACUUCAACAAAUCUGUCUUAGAGCAACACACAAUGUAUUACGAUAAUAUCCAAUAUAGUUUUUGUUCGAAUAGUUGCGAAAACAUCUACAUAAUUGCACAUCGAAAAAUCGUGCCAUGUAGCUGGUGCAAAGUGAAGAAAUAUAAUUUCGAUAUGAUUAAAAAGUAUUCGACAACUUCACCAGUUAUCAAUAUGUGCAGCAUAAAUUGCCUGAAUAUGUAUCAAGUAUCUAUAAACGCUGUGAAUGCUAAACCAACGCCUUGCAAUUUUUGCAAGAAGCAGGCAAACCCCGCUUACCAUUUAACCAUGUCCGAUGCAAGUAUGAGGAACUUUUGCUCUUACAUGUGUGUCAUGAAUUUUCAAAAUCAGUUUCCAAAGCAGCUUUCCUUCAAUAAUGUUGUCGAUCCCAUUCCGGCAGGAACUCCACAGAAGAGUAAAAAGGCUAUUGUUUCGGAUACUGCAACGACUACUGGAAGCGAAAACAUAUCCCAACUUCCCAUAAUAUCAAACGUUCAAAGUCUAGCAAUUACGAAUGGGUCUGUAACUCCGCCGCUUUUACCACCCGGCCUAACUCCGCUUUCAUCAACUAGAUUAACUCGGUCGAAAUCCACCACGUCAACACCACAGCAGCAGACUUCGAGCGUCCAAGGAGUACAAAAUUUAGAUUUACCAGUUCAAGUACAAGUUAAACAACACUUUAUUAUAAAAGAAAAACCGUGUCCCGCUCAGAGAAAUGUGGGCGUUAUGUGUCAGCCAAAGCAAGCCGUGAAAGUUCCAGGAUUGCAAAUUACACCGACAACAAAGGACGCAUGCAUACAGACAGACAACGAGGAUAUUAAAAAGAUAAUUAUACCAGUACCAGUGCCGAUAUAUGUUCCUGCGCCCUGUCAUAUGUUUUCAACACCAGUACCUUUUCCCGUACCGUUUCCACUUCCAAUACCAAUUCCUAUAUUUGUACCCACAACUAGAAACAGUGCAGCUGGUAUUAUGAAAGAAAUAAAGAAAAUUCAGGUGAAAAUCCCAACCGAUCCGUAUGAGGCGGAAUUAUUAAUGAUGGCAGAAAUGGUAGCGGAAGAGAAAAAGGAAGAUCAUACGGAUUCAGAAAGCGACAUUGAUGAUACUGUAGGCGAAACUGGAGGAGAGUAUAGUCCCGAACCUGUUGACACAAAUAAUACAUUCGGUGAUGACAUGCUACAGAUCGCUCUAAAAAUGGCCACAGAACUCGACGAACCAGCUGUGGAUCUAGAAGGGGCUCUAACUGCCAAUACAAUCACAGCUCCUCAAGGUGGGCAUCCUCCGGACACUCAUUCUCAGGAAGAAAAUGUAGACGAUCCACAACCAAUCCAUUCUCAUUUACUAGAACGAUCACCUCUGCGAGGUAGAAAAAGGACUAUGCGUGGAUCACCUCGUGGUCAACAGUCUAAGCGUGGUCGAAGGAUGUCACAUCAUCAGGUGGAUAUGCCCAUGAUACAGCCUGCUCAACCUCCUCCGCCUCCAGAGCCGCAAGAAAAGCCGGACGCCAACAUGUGUCUAAAGUACACAUUCGGAGUAAAUGCAUGGAAACAGUGGGUUACCACGAAAAAUGCUGAAUUGGAAAAAUCAUCGCGACGUGUAAAGCUCUUCAAAACUGAAAUUCUUCAACUGACAGCAGAUGAACUAAACUAUUCGUUAUGUUUGUUUGUCAAGGAAGUGCGGAAACCAAAUGGUCAAGAAUACGCCCCUGACACAAUUUAUUAUCUGUGUUUAGGUAUUCAACAGUACCUCUUUGAAAAUGGCAGAAUUGACAAUAUUUUCUGCGAUCCCUAUUACGAAAAAUUUACUGAUUGUCUGGACGAAGUUGCCAAGAAAUUUUCAGUUUUAUAUAAUGAUUCGCACUAUAUUGUAACAAGAGUCGAGGAAGAACAUUUAUGGGAAAGCAAGCAAUUAGGCGCCCAUUCACCACAUGUUUUGCUCAGUACAUUGAUGUUUUUUAAUACCAAACAUUUCAAUUUAACGACCGUUGAUGAACAUAUGCAGUUGUCUUUCUCACAUAUUAUGAAACAUUGGAAACGAAACCCUAACCAGCCAGGUGCUAGCAAACUUCCAGGAUCGAGAAACGUAUUAUUGCGAUUCUACCCUCCUCAGUCUGCUCUUCAAAAUAACCAGAGGAAAAAGAAAGUAUAUGAACAACAAGAAAAUGAAGAAAACCCUCUCAGAUGCCCGGUAAAAUUGUAUGAAUUUUACUUAUCGAAAUGCCCUGAAAGUGUAAAAACUCGAAAUGAUGUGUUUUAUCUGCAACCAGAACGGUCCUGUGUCCCGGAUAGUCCGGUAUGGUAUUCCACAAUGCCCCUACCAAAAGAAGCACUUGAAAAAAUGCUACAUCGUGUUAAAAUGGUUAAAGAAAUCAAUGUUGCCCUUCUCACAAGCUAAACUUUUAUAUAAUCAACACGAUAGUUGUAUAUAUUUGAUCUAAGAUUAUGAAUAAAAUGCGACUUUAUUGUAAUUCAAUUAUGAAAUUAGGUGUAUUGCGAUUGAAAUAGAAUUAUUUUAUUCUUUCUUUUUUAAGAACUCAAUUGUAUGUAUGACGCAAUAAGUUUGCUUAAUAUAAAAUUAUUUUAAAAAUAAA